AUGGGAAAACUCAUUCGAUUGGAGCUUUUCAACUUCAAGUCCUACAAGGGACACCAUGUGCUUCUUUUCGGAGAUGCAUACUUUACUUCAAUCAUUGGACCCAACGGUUCUGGCAAGUCGAAUUCGAUGGAUGCCAUUUCUUUCGUUCUAGGAAUUAAGUCGUCCCAUUUGCGAUCCACCAACCUCCGCGAUCUUGUGUACCGUGGUCGCGUAUUGCGCACAUCCAAAGUGGAUGGCGAGCCCGCAGCUGAUGGACAGGACGACGAGGAUGCCGGGCAAGAUGAGGAGGCCGAUAAUAUGGAUGUUUCUCAAGAUGCUAGCGCAAACGACCCGAAGUCUGCUUGGGUCAUGGCGGUCUAUGAGGAUGAUGCGGGUGAGGAGCAGCAAUGGCGCCGAUCCAUUACCAGCCAGGGCGUCAGCGAAUACCGCAUCAACAAUCGAAUCGUGACCGCCCACCAAUACAACGAAGCUCUAGAGGAGGAGAAUAUUUUGAUCAAGGCCCGAAACUUCCUUGUGUUCCAGGGCGAUGUCGAGGCGAUCGCCUCCCAGUCGCCCAAGGAUCUGACUCGGUUGAUUGAGCAGAUAUCAGGCAGUCUGGAGCACAAGGCAGACUACGAGAAGUUCAAAGCGGAGGCGGAAGAAGCUGCGGAACAGCAGACUGUUCAGCUCAACCGUCGACGAGGCAUCAACUCCGAAGUCAAGCAAUACCAGGAACAGAAGCGAGAAGCUGAGAACUAUGCGAAAAAGGCCGAAGAACGGGACCAGGCCAUUAUCACGCAUAUCCUCUGGAAACUGUUCCACUUCCAGCGACUCAUCGAUGACUCCAGCGCGGACAUCCAGAAGUACCAAGACGAACUAAAGGAAUACCGUCGUGGCGUUGAGAAGUACGAGAAGAACGUCGAAGAUGCCAAGAAAGACCAUGCUCGAGUCGGCAGAGAUGUCGGCAAGGCCGAAAAAAAUAUCACGAAAAAGGAGAGGGAAAUUGAAGAGCUCAAUAACUCGCUUGUUCCGGUGAAUGAGAAGAUCGACAUUACGCAGAAAAAGGUUGAAAGAUACUCGUCAAAGAUUACCGAAGUUGAAAAGGAGCGCACAUCCCAAUCAAACAACGGCAAGCAACUAGAAAAAGACCUCAAACUUGUCGAGAAAGCUCAGGCUCAGUGGGAAUCCGAAUGGCAAAAAACGAUGAGCAAGAAGGGUGGUCAACUGAGCGAAGCUGAUCAACAGGAGUACCACAAGCUCAGAGAAGAAGUCAAUCGCCGUUCAUCGGCCGAUUCCUUAAAUCUUGACAACCUGCGCCGGCAGAGGAAGACCGAAGCCGAAGCUGUGAACAGCUUGAAGGGCAAAUUCGAGAACACAGAGUGGCAACUGAAGUCUGUUGAAUCCGAUGCGCAGAACAUGAGUGAACGCAAGGCCUCUCUGAAUGACACCGUCAAGUCUACAUCUAAAGAGAUCGACCGUAAGAAGAAAGAGCUAAAUGCAUUGACUUCGGAGCGUUUGAAGGUCUCGCAGAUGCGAACAGAGUUGGAGGAAAAGCUCCAGGUCGUGUUAAGGAAACUUCUUGAGGCCGAUGAUGGCAAGAAACAAACUGAACGUGAACUGCGGGCGAAAGAAUUGAUCUCAGCCCUGAAGCGCAUUUUCCCUGGUGUUAAGGGUCGUGUCAGCGAUCUUUGCCGUCCGAAGCAGAAGAAAUACUCAGAUGCAGUCAGCACCGUACUAGGUCGACAUUUCGAUGCCAUUGUUGUUGACAACGAGAAGACCGCAAAGGAAUGUAUUCAGCAUCUACGCGACCAGCGAGCAGGUCAGGCUACGUUCAUCCCGCUCGAAACCAUCCAAGUCAAGUCAUUCAACUCGAACCUGAAGGGCAUGCAUCGGGGUAUGCGUCCUGCCAUCGAGACUGUUGACUACGAUGAUUCGGUUGCACGAGCGAUCAGUUAUGCGUGCGGAAACUCCAUUGUUUGUGACGAUCUUGCGACGGCUAAGUAUCUUUGCUACGAAAGAAAUGUAGACGCGAAGGCGGUCACACUCGAUGGAACCGUCAUUCACAAGGGUGGUCUCAUGACUGGUGGACGUGGACCUCAGCAAAAUUCCAAACGCUGGGAAGACUCUGAGGUUGAGAACUUGUACAAAUUGAAGGAGAAGCUCAUGAACGAUCUCACCACUCUCCCUAAGAGUCACCGCCGAGGCUCCGAGGAAGAGACGCUGCAGGGAGAGCUCGUCGGCCUCGAGCAGCGCCUGACUUACUCUCGUGACGAAUUGAAGGCCCUUGAGAGAAAUCUCGAGAGCAAGCGCAGCGAAUUGGACUUCGUGAAGCGUCAGCUGGAGGACCUUCGACCUAAAUAUACCGAGCGCAAGGAAAAUCUUGAUGAGCUAGAUGAGACGAUCGAGACUUCGCAAGCCUCAGUCAGCACCGUCGAGGACGAGAUAUACCGGAAGUUCUGCAAACGCCUAGGGUACGAUGAUAUCCGGGAAUACGAAGCCCAACAAGGCUCUUUGCAAGAGGAGGCCGCGCAGAAGAAGCUGGAGUUCACUACCCAAAAGAGUAGGAUUGAGAAUCAGCUUAGCUUCGAGAAACAACGCAUCCAAGCAACCGAAGACCGCAUCAAUGGCCUCAAAGCUCAAUACGAGCGCGACCAGAACUUGAUCGAGGAGCUUCAAAGCCAGCAAGAAGAAAUCCGCAACCAGCUUGAUGAAUUUGAGGCUGAACUAGAGCUCCUUCGGGAGGCUCUUGAGAAGCAGAAGGAGGUUUAUGGCCAAUCAGCAGAGAACCUGACCGACCAACGUCGUGAACUCCAGAAGCGUAGCAAGCAUGUGGAAACAGCAUUGAAGAACGUCAACGCACUCGAAGCAGAAAUACAGAGGAACUCCUCUAGUCGUUACGCUCUUUUGCGUCGCUGCAAGCUUGAAGAUAUUGAUGUUCCUUUGACUGAAUCUUCUAAUCCUCUUGAUAAGCUUCCCAUCGAUGACCUCGUGCAAGCUGCGGACCCGGAUGCCAUGGACGUGGAUGAGGGAGAUCUUCUGGAUGAGGCUCCUGUGUUGCACGAUUACGGUAUCGAGGUCGACUUCGAUUCUCUAGGAGAGACCCUGAAAGAGGAGGCCGAUGAUAAGCUCGAAGAUGAGCUACUUGAAAAGGUCCGUGUUCUCAACAGCGAUCUGGACAAAAUGGCACCCAAUGCUCGCGCUAUGGAGCGUUUGGAGAGUGUAGAGAACAAACUCCGCAGCACCGAGAAGGACUUCGAGGAUGCUCGCAAGUCUGCCCGAAAGGCCAAGGAAGACUUCGAAGCCGUGAUGAAGACCCGCUCCGAUCUCUUCAACAAGGCAUUCACCCACAUUUCCGAGCAGAUCGGGCCAAUCUAUCGUGAACUCACACGUAGUGCCAAUUAUCCCCUAGGUGGCCAAGCCUACCUCGAUAUUGAGGACUCGGAUGAACCCUACUUGGAUGGCAUCAAAUACCACGCCAUGCCUCCUCUCAAGCGUUUCCGUGACAUGGAGCACUUGUCCGGUGGUGAGAAGACCAUGGCUGCCCUCGCCCUACUUUUCGCCAUUCACUCCUACCAGCCAUCCCCAUUCUUCGUGCUGGACGAAGUCGACGCAGCCCUCGACAACACCAACGUCGCCCGAAUCGCCAACUAUAUCCAGGAUCACGCCGCGCCUGGCAUGCAGUUUAUCGUUAUUAGUUUGAAGACCGGAUUGUUCCAGAACAGUGAGGCUCUAGUUGGUAUCUACCGGGACCAGGUCGAGAACAGCAGUAAAUCCUUGACUCUUGAUCUUCGGAAGUACACCUAA